AUGGACCAUGAUGAUCUGAAUCCCUGGUGGCAGGUGGACCUACAGGCCGUCUACAGGAUAUCUAGAGUUCAGAUCGUUGGUCGUUCAGACUGCUGUGCUGAAAGACUGAACGACUUCGCCAUCGAGAUGUACGUCGAAGACCCUGCUGUCACUGUGAGGAUCCUGCCCUGGUUGUGUCACUUCUACAAGGGCGUCUUCAGACCCACAACUCAAGACAUCAAGUGUGACUCUGUGGUGUCUGGGAGGUUCGUGAGGCUGUCAAGGAAGAACAUACGACAUCCUGGACAACUCUUUACAUUGUGCGAGGUAUCAGUGUACGGGCCAGACACGUAUGCAGUUGACACUGGACGAAACUUGGCUUUGAGGAAACCGGCUAAAGCCAGUUCCACUUACACAGCUUCCUAUCAAAUAUGGGCGUCAAAUGUUGUUGACGGGUCACCUUCAGGAAAUUUUAACGACCUCACAUGUCACAGCGGGGAAAAUGGUGAUCUGAAUCCCUGGUGGCAGGUGGACCUACAGGCCGUCUACAGGAUAUCAAGGGUUCAGAUCGUUGGUCGUUCAGAUUGCUGUGCAACUGAGUGGCUGCACGACUUCUCCAUCGAGAUGUACGUCGAGGACCCUGCCGUCAGUGUGAGUAUCCAGCCCUGGUUGUGUCACUUCUACAAGGGCGUCUUCAAACCCACAACUCAAGACAUCAAGUGUGACUCUGUGGUUGCUGGGAGAUUCGUGAGGCUGUCAAGGAACAACACACGAGAUCCUGAAAAGACCCUUCAGUUGUGCGAGGUAUCAGUGUACGGGCCAGAGACGUACGCAUACUUCCGUAAGACAAAUCUGUCACUGACUGACGUCAUCGUGACGACGUUGCCCCUCGGGAUCCUGCACUGUAGCGUCAUCUGUACAACCAACCCUCUCUGCAUGGCGGUCAAGGUGGUCAGCGAUGGGACACCCGCAUGUCAGCUCGUCUACAGGAGUGUCCACCGUGCCAGGGAAACUGCACUGACACUUUCGAAUUUCUUUGUCCCAACGUUCAGCCAACUGGAUGUGUAACUCCCCUACUGCAAAUGCGGGCGACAGCGACAAACUGCGACAGCUGACUUGAGCAGAAUUACAUUCUUUAAACACAGACACAGACACAGACACAGACACACACACACACACACACACACACACACACACACACACACACACACACACACACACACACACACAGAGUUAAACAAUCUAGAAGAACAUUCUGAGUAAAUGUACAAUAUACUUCAAUACAUAGUAUAUGUUAUACCUAUUCACAUUACACCGAAAGUCGAUUUGAUAUAAGUAGUAGUUUGAGUAUCUAUUUUGGUGAUUUGAAUUAUUACGGACUGAUUUUGGACUGGAAAUAAAAUAAUCGUCUAGUUUGUCUCGAGUUUUCGUCACAGCAGGAAUGACUUGGGCCUCCUGACUUUAAUGACCUUUUCUUGGCUACCAUCCAAACCCGUAUCUGGAGCAUCGAACGGUGCCAGGGUCACAUACGCGUGAUUCCUCAUACAGAUUCCACUAUUUAUAACUCAAUAUCUCAAUGUAUUUUCUGGCAAAAUAGA